AUUCUUUUGCCUCAAAUCAACAGCAACUUGUUUGUUAAAGAAAAAAAAAAACAGCAACUUGUUUGUCUUCUCGGUCAAGUUCUGUAUCCUAGCCUCUAACUUCUUCUUAUUCUUCCUCUUCGUUCUUCACCCCAAAUCACAACGCAAAGAUCUUCAAAACAAUCGCAAAUCUUUUGCGAGGUGUGCUUUUCAUUCUAUAUUCUGAUACUUGAAAAUUUGAAAGGUUAAUUAGGUAUUGCUUUUUUCUUGAUUACUCUACAAGUUUUCUACAAAGUCCAUACUCUUGGGUGUCAUAACAAAAUUCAGGGAAUGCUGAAAGAUGUGCCUGCUAGUUAAAAACACUUUUCCCGAGGCCAACGAGGCUGUACCUCCGUCUGAGGUACUCUUAAUCAUCCUUGACGAGAUUGGAUGUUUAGUCCAAUGUUCAUAUCUUUAUCGUGCUCAAGUGAUUGAGGUGGCUACAAUUCUCCGCCAUUGUAAGAUUUCAAAACUCGACGUUGAUGAAGAUGGUUGAGCUUUGAGUUUCUCGAGAAGGUUUCUUGAUAUUAGCAUUGGAUUGUACAAAAAUAAAAGUGUUGCUAGAAAUGGAACGAAAUGGAAGUGUGCUUAUGCAACGAUAUGAACUCGGGAAGUUGUUAGGCCAGGGAACUUUUGCAAAGGUCUACCAUGCAAGGAACCUCAAAAACGGCAUGAAUGUCGCCAUCAAAGUUAUUGAUAAAGAAAGGGUUUUGAGGGUUGGGAUGAUUGAUCAAAUUAAGCGCGAAAUUUCAGUGAUGAGACUUGUCAGGCAUCCACACGUUGUUGAGCUUUACGAGGUAAUGGCGAGCAAAACCAAAAUUUACUUUGUCAUGGAGUAUGUCAAAGGCGGCGAACUCUUCGACAAGAUAUCCAAAGGAAAGCUCAACCAUGAUGAUGCUAGGAGAUAUUUUCAGCAAUUGAUCAGUGCCGUUGAUUACUGUCAUAGUCGAGGCGUGUGUCAUCGUGAUUUAAAACCAGAAAAUCUUUUGUUGGAUGAAAACGAAAAUUUGAAGGUCUCAGAUUUCGGGUUAAGCGCACUUGCCAACACUAAGCACCAAGAUGGAUUACUCCAUACUACAUGUGGCACCCCUGCGUAUGUCGCCCCGGAAGUGAUCAACCGAAAAGGAUACGAUGGGACUAAAGCUGAUAUAUGGUCAUGUGGUGUGAUCUUGUAUGUUAUGUUGGCUGGUUUUCUUCCGUUUAGAGAUCCAAAUUUGAUAGAGAUGUAUAAAAAAAUUGGUAAGGCGGAUUUCAAAUAUCCUAACUGGUUUUCAUCAGACGUACGAAGAUUGUUGUCGAAAAUAUUGGAUCCAAAUCCAAAGUCGAGGAUAUCUUUGGCCAAAAUCAUGGAAAGUUCUUGGUUCAAAAAGGGGUUAAAGAAGCCUAUUGUUACCGACACAGACAACAAAGAACUAGCUCCUCUCGACAUAGAUGAAGUAUUUAAAGCUUCUGAGAAUGGCGAUAAUGUUGAUCUUCCGAAACCUUGCAGUAACUUAAACGCUUUCGAUAUCAUCUCCUUUUCGUCAGGUUUCGACUUAUCCAGUUUGUUUGAUGAGAAAGAACGAAAGACAGAGAUGCGAUUUACGUCUAACAAGCCUGUUUCCGUUAUCAUCUCCAAGUUUGAAGAAAUUUGCAAGAGUCUCGGGCUAAAAUUGAAGAAAAAAGACGGAGGUUUGCUCAAGUUAGAAGGUUUGAAGGAAGGAAGGAAAGGACGUUUAGGUAUCGAUGCAGAGAUUUUCGAGAUCACACCGGUCUUCCAUUUAGUCGAGUUGAAAAAGUCGAACGGAGACACAUUGGAGUACCAAAAGCUUUUGAAAGAGAAUGUUAGGCCUUCACUUAAGGACAUUGUUUGGACAUGGCAGGGAGAACAACCUGAAGGACAUUGUUUGGACAUGGCAAGGAGAACAACCACAUCAAAUGCAGAUAGAGGAACAGUUUUCUGAUUCUAGCUUAUCAGAGAUUGUUCUACACCCAAUUUCCUAAUGAGUUUUUUGUAUGUUUUUCGCUUCUUUAUUAUGUUCUUAGUAGUGAACACUGUCUAUUCUGCAAUUGUCAUGUGAUAAUUGUGGUUAAGCAUGUGUAUUUGCUUGCUCAGCUAGUGUAACUAUUUGACUAUUUUUGGGUCUUCUGUGCUCUCUUUAUUGACCUUGUUGGAAAUGGCAUUUUCAUUUUGUAGCUUAAA